GCGCGCUCUCGUGGCCUCGCUGUCCCGCGGCGCCAACCGAAGCGCCGCGCCCGCUGCCGACAUGCUGCGCCGCGCUCUGCUCUGCCUGGCCCUGGCCGCGCUGACGCGCGCGGGCGCCGCCGCCCCGGAGGAGGAGGACCACGUCCUGGUGCUCAACAAGGGCAACUUCGAGGAGGCGCUGGCGGCGCACAGGUUCCUGCUGGUGGAGUUCUAUGCCCCUUGGUGCGGCCACUGCAAGGCUCUGGCCCCCGAGUACGCCAAAGCCGCUGGGAAGCUGAAGGCAGAAGGUUCGGAGAUCAGGCUGGCCAAGGUGGAUGCCACGGAAGAGUCUGAUCUGGCCCAGCAGUAUGGCGUCCGCGGCUACCCUACGAUCAAGUUCUUCAAGAACGGAGACACAGCUGCUCCCAGGGAGUACACAGCUGGCCGGGAGGCCGAGGACAUCGUGAAUUGGCUGAAGAAGCGCACAGGCCCGGCCGCCACCACUCUGCCUGAUGCGGCGGCCGCAGAGGCCUUGCUGGAGUCCAGCGAGGUGACCGUCAUCGGCUUCUUCAAGGACGUGGAGUCGGACUUUGCCAAGCAGUUCCUGCUGGCAGCGGAGGCUGUCGACGACAUACCUUUUGGGAUCACAUCCAACAGUGACGUGUUCUCUAGAUACCAGCUGGCAGGGGACGGGGUCGUGCUCUUCAAGAAGUUCGACGAAGGCCGCAACAACUUUGAGGGGGACGUCACCAAAGAGAAACUGCUGGACUUCAUCAAGCACAACCAGCUGCCGCUGGUCAUUGAGUUCACGGAGCAGACGGCCCCAAAGAUCUUCGGAGGUGAAAUCAAGACCCACAUCCUGCUGUUCCUGCCCAAGAGUGUGCCCGACUACGACAGCAAGCUAAGCAACUUCAAGACGGCCGCUGAGCGCUUCAAGGGGAAGAUCCUGUUCAUCUUCAUCGACAGCGACCACGCCGACAACCAGCGCAUCCUCGAGUUCUUCGGCCUCAAGAAGGAGGAGUGCCCCGCCGUGCGCCUCAUCACCCUGGAGGAGGAGAUGACCAAGUACAAGCCGGAGUCCGACGAGCUGACGGCGGCGAAGAUCGAGGAGUUCUGCCAUCGCUUCCUGGAGGGCAAGAUCAAGCCCCACCUCAUGAGCCAGGAGCUGCCCGAAGACUGGGACAAGCAGCCUGUCAAGGUGCUGGUUGGGAAGAACUUUGAAGAAGUGGCCUUUGACGAGAAAAAGAACGUCUUUGUGGAAUUCUAUGCCCCAUGGUGUGGCCACUGCAAACAGCUGGCCCCCAUUUGGGAUAAGCUGGGGGAGACGUACAAGGACCACGAAAACAUUGUCAUCGCCAAGAUGGACUCCACGGCCAACGAAGUGGAGGCCGUGAAAGUGCACAGCUUCCCCACGCUGAAGUUCUUCCCCGCCAGCGCCGACAGGACGGUCAUUGAUUACAACGGGGAGCGGACACUAGACGGUUUUAAGAAGUUCUUGGAGAGUGGUGGCCAGGACGGGGCUGGGGAUGAUGACGACCUGGAAGACCUGGAAGAAGCGGAAGAGCCUGACCUGGAGGAGGACGACCAGAGAGCCGCGCGAGACGAGCUGUGAGGCGCGGCGCGCACACCUGGCGGCCCAGACACGACCCCCACCCCCGGGCAGCACCGCCCAGAGGCGCGGCCUCCGGAAGCCCGAGGACCCUCCCGGCAAGGAGGGGACACCGACCGGAAGUGCAGGGAAUUUUUCUGAAGCAACACUUUAUCCUGACACGCGUAAAUUUAGACCCGUCUCUUACUUGUGCUUUUCAGUUUUUGGAAAGGGAUUUCUCUCCGGGCCAGCUCACUGUGGUGGGCUGUUUUUUUUUGUUGUUGUUGUUUUUUUGUUUGUUUUUAAUUGUGAUGUACUUUUUCGUACAUGGUUCUGUCCAAAGUGCUUGUUAAAAUGUCUCUGAAUCUCAUGCAGGUGAAGUCUCCUUCCUGUUAGGGUUUAUAGUAUCACUUUAAGAAAUUCCAUUUGUGGGAUUUUGAGACAUUUUUGGACGUCAGGGUGUCCCACUGUGGCCGGGCCUCCCUGGAGACUCCUGUCCCCUGUGUGGGAGGCGCCGGGCCAGGCCGGCCGGGUCCCUCUCCCCUCCUGCUGGUAACGCGUGACGGAGCGUGGGUCUCGUGUUGUUGGCUUAGAUGGCGAAUCUAGGUCUCCGUCACAGGGGCCUGUACGACUGGAGGGGGUGGUGGAUGCUGGCUGAGCCCAGGGCAGACCCGGGUGGCCCCCCUUCCUCCCCGAGCCAGGCUCCCCGGUGCUCUGUGACUUCCAGCACCGCCCAAGGCCUGCGGCAGGCACAGCCAGAACCCUCCAUUUCCAGGCUGGGCGACGGCCAAGGGUGCUUGAGCCGAACCACGUGCGGGCCGUUCUGCAGCCGUUUCUACCACGAUAUUGGAAUUGAAUACAUUGGCCAAAUAAAGUUGAAAUUUUACUA